UGCUCGGAGACGGCGCUCAGUGAACGCUCUUGGCGUAACUCUAUCCAGAGAAGACAUUGGGAUGUGCUAUCUAGCAUUUGAGAUCGUUUUAUAGCAUUCAGGAGGGGAAAUCGACAGCAGCACAAUGUCCUUUUCCGUGUUGGAAUACAGGAAUGUCGCCGUUACGCGUAAUCGAGUGGAUAUCCAUUGAUUACUGUGGCUGUACUCGUCGCCAAACAUCAUGCCUAGCCGUCAAAAGAAAAUUAUAUUCUCUGUUUCUGGCGUGCUUUGCUUUGGUUGUGUUCUGGUCGUGGCUGCCGCGAUGGGGACGCAGUUUUGGGUUCAAGCUGCCGUUCUGUGCAAGACGGGCGCGCAGAUCGUCAACGCGUCCGGAGCAGAGCUGGAGAAAUUCAUCGGAAGGACGCACUACGGACUUUUCCAGGGCCAGGGGAUGAAACAGUGUGGUCUGGGAGACAGACCCUUUUAUUUCUCUUUUUUCCCUGACCUGAUGGACGUGGUCCCAGCCAGUCUGCAUGUGAGCGUGAUCUUCUUCUGCGCAGUGCUCAUCGUCUUCUCCACAGUGUCCUGUGCCUUCUUCUUUUACAAUGCUUUCGGAAGCCCAUAUGAGACACUGCAUGGACCCCAGGGCCUUUACCUCUGGAACAUGAUAAGCUGUUUCUGUGCCUGCAUGAUCCUCAUCCUGUUCUCCUCGGAGGUCAAACUGCACCACCUGACCGAGAUCAUUUUCAAAUUCAACGAGGCCGGUUUCGUCUACAAGACGCAAAACGAGAGGUACGACAGAUGCUUCUGGCUCGUCUUCCUCACCUUCUUCAUGCACGGCCUCAACAUCUUGCUCAUCCGCCUGGCCGGGAUCCAGUUCCCCUUUCAGGAGGCCAAAGAGUCUGAUGCGAGCACAGGUGCGGCGGAUCUCAUGUACUGACCAGCUCUUUUGUUCUACUUCCUCCCCUGCACACGACAUCCUACCGCAGCGACUAGCACUUCUCAGUAGGAGUCUUCCGACGAGCUGCAUCCGUUCUGUUUACAGCUGAACACAUCUGAGCCUCUUAAGCUAUUGAGACCA